GCGGCCGCGUGCGUGGACCGGAAGCCCCUCAAGAAGAAAGACACCAUGGCCAGUGCCCUCCCGCGCCGCAUCGUCAAGGAAACCCAACGGCUGCUCGCUGAGCCUGUCGCCGGUAUCAGCGCCACGCCGUACGAAGACAACCUCCGCUACUUCCAGGUGGUGAUCGCCGGCCCGCAGUCGUCGCCCUACGAGAACGGCAUCUUCAAGCUGGAGCUGUUCCUGCCGGCGGACUACCCCAUGGCGCCGCCCAAGGUGCGCUUCCUGACGCGCAUCUACCACCCCAACAUCGACAAGCUGGGCCGCAUCUGCCUGGACAUCCUCAAGGACAAGUGGUCCCCCGCCCUGCAGAUCCGCACCGUGCUGCUGAGCAUCCAGGCGCUGCUGUCGGCGCCCAACCCGGACGACCCGCUGGCCAACGACGUCGCGGACCACUGGAAGACGGACGAGGCCGGAGCCGUGCAGAUGGCUGCGGAGUGGACGCGUCGCUAUGCUUGAGUUCACGAGAAAUAGCAAGAGCAGAGCUACGCUCUUCGAUUAGUUUCGCUUUUCACACCCCAUUCUUUUACAAUUUUUUUUCAUCUU